AUGGUGUCCGGAAAAACUAUGAACGUGAGGGUGACCACAAUGGACGCCGAGUUGGAGUUUGCUAUCCAGCAAACUACCACCGGCAAACAGCUAUUCGAUCAGGUUGUAAAAACCAUUGGCUUGAGGGAGGUAUGGUUUUUCGGCCUGCAGUACACUGACAACAAAGGCGAUAUGACCUGGAUCAAACUGUAUAAAAAGGUCAUGAGCCAAGAUGUUAAGAAGGAAAACCCACUUCAAUUCAAGUUCCGAGCCAAAUUCUAUCCAGAAGAUGUCGCAGAAGAACUUAUUCAAGAUAUUACUUUGAGAUUAUUUUACUUACAGGUGAAAAAUGCCAUUUUAUCUGAUGAAAUUUACUGUCCGUCAGAAACAUCUGUAUUACUUGCUUCAUAUGCUGUUCAAGCAAGGCAUGGUGAUUUCAACAAACUCACUCAUACUCCUGGUUUCCUUACUAAUGAUCGCUUGUUACCACAACGUGUUAUGGAUCAACAUAAAAUGACACGUGAAGAAUGGGAGUCAAGCAUUACUACAUGGUGGCAUGAACAUAGAGGCAUGAUGCGAGAAGAUGCCAUGAUGGAAUAUUUGAAAAUUGCCCAAGAUCUUGAAAUGUAUGGAGUUAACUACUUUGACAUUCUCAACAAAAAAGGAACUGAAUUGUUUUUGGGUGUUGAUGCCCUUGGUCUCAAUAUAUAUGAAAAGGAUGAUAAAUUAACUCCAAAGAUUGGCUUUCCUUGGUCUGAAAUCCGUAAUAUUUCAUUCAAUGAUAGAAAGUUUAUCAUAAAACCUAUUGACAAGAAAGCUCCUGACUUUGUAUUCUUUGCACCACGUGUUCGUAUUAACAAACGUAUUUUGGCUCUUUGUAUGGGAAAUCAUGAAUUGUACAUGAGGAGACGUAAACCUGAUACUAUUGAUGUACAACAAAUGAAAGCCCAAGCAAGGGAAGAAAAACUUGCCAAACAACAACAAAGAGAGAAACUUCAACUAGAAAUAGCUGCCAGGGAAAAAGCUGAAAAAAAACAUCAAGAAUAUGAAGAACGCUUAAAAGUCAUGCAAGCAGAAAUUUCUAAACGUGAACAAGAUUUGCUCAGUGCUCAGGAUAUGAUUCGUCGUUUGGAGGAUCAAUUGAAUAAACUUCAACUAGCUAAAGAAGAACUUGAGCAAAGACAAAACGAACUUCAAAAGAUGAUGGAACGUUUAGAAGAAUCAAAGAACAUGGAAGCAGUAGAAAGAGCCAAAUUAGAAGAAGAGAUCAAAGCUAAACAAGAAGAAGUAAUGCGUAUUCAAUCUGAAGUUGAAACUAAAGACGAAGAAACGAGACGUUUACAAGAGGAAGUAGAAGAGGCAAGACGUAAACAAGAAGAGGCUGCAGCUGCAGCACUUGCUGCUGCCGCAACCCCCAAGCAUCAUCAUGUUACUGAAAAUGAAAAUGAGGAUAAUGAUGAAAUGGUCAAUGGUCAUGAAACACAAGAUUUAGACACUGAUAUGGAUAUUGUUGAUCCAGUAGAGGAACGCCGUACCCUCGCUGAGCGCAACGAACGACUUCAAGAUCAAUUAAAGAUGUUAAAACAAGACUUAGCUCAAUCACGAGAUGAUACCAAGGAGACUGCCAUGGAUAAAAUUCAUCGUGAAAAUGUGCGCCAGGGACGAGAUAAAUAUAAGACUCUGCGUGAAAUUAGAAAAGGCAAUACAAAGCGCCGAGUUGAUCAGUUUGAAAACAUGUAA